UUUGCUUCCGUAGUUCUUUUAGGAAGAGGCGUCUUGCAAAGAGGCAUGGUGUCAGUUUAGGGCAAGUAUUGAAGGGUGAUAGUAAAAGUUUAGUUUUGCAGUAUGCUGCAUCUUUUUAGAAUGCAGUCUGUAAUACGCUGUAGAGCGAGCAGCGUUGUAUGCAAGGCAUGUAACAGAUCCUUACCUAUACCAGUGCGGUAUGUAACAGGUGGGGGCACUGAAGACGGAAAAUAUAGGGAGACUGUGCUGUUGCCCCAAACCGACUUUCCGAUGAAAUGGACAGGAGCUCAGCUUCUAGAGAAAGAAUUAGAAGUUCAGCAGACAUGUGGAUUUUCAGAGCUGUAUUCUUGGCAGAGAGAGAGGAAAGUGAAAAAGGAAUUCUGCCUUCAUGAUGGCCCACCUUAUGCAAAUGGAGACCCUCAUGUUGGUCAUGCUUUGAAUAAGAUUCUAAAGGACAUAACUAAUCGAUUCCAUGUAAUGAGAGGUUAUAAAGUCCAUUAUAUUCCUGGUUGGGACUGCCAUGGUCUUCCCAUCGAACUUAAAGCUUUAGCAGAACUUGGGGAAGAAUGUGCACAUCUUUCAGCUGCUGAAAUUAGGCAGAAAGCCAAAGAGUUUGCAGAAAAGGCCAUUGAGAGACAAAAAGCAGCAUUUAUUCGUUGGGGAGUGAUGGCAGAUUGGAGUAAUUGCUAUUAUACCUUUGAUAAGAAAUAUGAAGCCAAUCAGUUAGAUAUUUUCUACAAAAUGUUUGAAAAGGGAUAUGUUUAUCAGGACUACAAGCCUGUAUUUUGGUCCCCUUCAACAAGAACAGCUUUGGCAGAAGCAGAAUUGGAGUACAACUCUCAACAUGUUAGUCGAUCUGUGUAUGUAAAGUUUCCAGUGAUCAGAUCCCCAGUUAAACUGGAGUCUGCAUUAGGUGCUGCUCCCAAAGUCAGUGUGCUAAUAUGGACAACCCAGCCUUGGACUGUUCCAGCCAAUCAGGCAGUAUGCUAUAUACCCAGCUCAGAAUAUUCUUUGGUGAAAUGCAAGAAUACUGAUGAACAGUACAUUCUGGUUUCAGAAAGAGUUACGUCCAUAGCUGCUGUCUUGGCCACUCAGUUUGAGGUGAUAUCUACAUUUAAAGGUGCUGAUCUUGAAGGAGGUGUGUGCGGUCAUCCUUUUAUCUCUGACAAAGAGUCACCACUUUUGCCUGCCAACCAUGUAACAAUGGCUAAGGGUACUGGACUGGUUCAUACUGCCCCAGCGCAUGGGAUGGAAGAUUACAGUGUGGCUUCUCAACAUGCUUUGUCUGUGGACUGUUUCGUGGAUGAAGAUGGACUUUUUACUGAAUCAGCAGGCUCUGAACUUCAGAAGAAGUUUGUCCUUCAUGAGGGAAAUAAAACUGUUAUUCAGAUGCUUCAGAGUACGAAUAGUUUACUAAAGGAGGAAGAUUUUGUGCACAGCUAUCCAUAUGACUGGAGGAGUAAAAAGCCUGUAAUUAUUCGUGCCAGCAAGCAGUGGUUUAUAAAUACUGGGAGUAUCAAGGAUAAAGCACAGGAACUUUUGAAAAAAGUCAGAGUUAUUCCUAACUCUGCAAUGAAUAGUAUGCUGGCUAUGCUCGAGAGGAGGACGUACUGGUGUAUAUCAAGACAGAGGUCAUGGGGUGUCCCAAUUCCUGUUUUCUAUCAUAAAGAAACAGGGAAAGCUCUUAUCAACAGCCAUACCAUACAACACCUUAAACAACUGAUACUGGAACAUGGCAGUGAUUGUUGGUGGACCCUGCCCAUGGAGCAGCUUUUGCCAUUGGAUGUCUUGAAAAAGGAUGGUGGGUCUGCUGUGUCAGACUUUGUAAAAGGAGAAGAUGUCUUAGACAUUUGGUUUGAUAGUGGAACAUCAUGGGCCUCAAUCUUAGAAGGUACAGCAGGAAGUGCAGAUUUAUACUUGGAAGGAAAAGAUCAACUUGGUGGUUGGUUUCAGUCUUCAUUACUUACUAGUACUGCAGUGAAUAAAAAGUCCCCUUACAGGUCUUUGGUGGUCCAUGGAUUUACUCUUAAUGAAACUGGAGAGAAGAUGUCGAAGUCAGUAGGCAAUGUUAUAGACCCAGAUAUCAUCAUCAAUGGAGGCCAGGAUCACAGUAAAGAUCCACCAUAUGGAGCAGAUGUUCUGCGCUGGUGGGUUGCAGAGUCGAACAUAUUCACUGAGGUCAUGAUUGGACCACAUAUACUUAACACAGCAAAAGAUAACAUUUUUAAGCUGCGGAACACACUUCGCUUCAUGUUGGGGAACCUCAGAGGAUUUGACCCAGAGAAAGAUUCCAUCACAAGUCAAGAUAUGUAUGUAGUUGAUCAAUAUAUGCUGCACAUGUUGCAGGAUUAUACCUCAAAGGUUACUGAUGCAUACAAGGAGUAUGAUUUUGGAAAGGUUAUCCGUUUGUUACUUGCAUUCAUUACUCGAGAUCUGUCUAGUUUUUACUUCAGCAUCAUCAAAGACAGGUUGUACUGUGAAAAAGAAGGAAAUCUCAGGCGUCGCUCAUGUCAGACUGUUUUGGCUGAGGUUGCUGAUGUUGUAACACGAUCUUUUGCACCUGUUCUUCCUCAUCUAGCUGAGGAAGUGUACCAACAUUUACCUUAUGCUAAAGAUCACGUUAGCAUUUUUCACACUGGUUGGAUGAAAUCCAGUUCUGUCUGGAAGAAACCUGGACUGGAGGAAGUUGUGGAAGGUGCAUGUGCAAUUAGAGAUUCCUUCCUCAGCUCCAUCCCUGGCAGAAAUGCAGCUGAAUAUGACCUAACUAUUGCAAUUGAACCUGGCCUGCUUUUUGAGAUGAUGGAGACUUUGCAGGAGGAAGAAACUUUGAGUACAUCACAGCUGAAUGAGCUCAUGAUGGCCUCAAGGACAUCCUUGCUAUCUAAACUGCCUGCAGAGUUGUCUUCUAAGGAAAAUGUUAUGAGAGGGACCUUUCUAAUUAACCUGGAAGGUGGUGAUAUUCAAGAAGAAGGAUCUUACAAAAUCAUAGCACUACCAGCUGCGAAAGCAAGGUGUCCCCGUUGUAGGAAAUACACAGCUGAUUCUGAAUUUACACCCUGCCCUAGAUGUGCAGAAGCCAUCACUGGAAAUUAGACUGCUUGAUUUCAGGAUGAUCAGAGUAUGUGUUUAUGUAGCACAACUGAAAAAAACUUCAUCACUGGACAGAUCUGAAUAAUACCUGAGAUAGCAUUACUGGUCAUAUUUAUUAAAAUUGUUUACCAUUUCUUGAACUUUUUGUAUAGUCACACAGCAUCAGAAAUUCUGCUUGUAAAAAUGUAUAAUAUGACUGUUAACCUUAUACAGCAUGCCUUUUUCUGUAGAAGAAAAGUGCACUUGCUUAUUCUUUUAUUUUAUAAAGUAAGUAUUAAAAAUCUAA